AUGGUUGACGUUGCAAACCUCACAUUGAGUGGAAUCGCCCGCGCUGAAGGGGACCAGGAGGCCUAUUUUGCCAGUGUGGCAACAUCCCCUAGUGCCCCCGAGCUGAUUCCUAGUCUGAUCAAUCAAAUUACUAUCCUUGGCAAAUCCGUCAUUCUGAAGGACUACAACGAUCGAACCGCGCUUGUGGAAGCUGCUCAAUCCCUGAUCUAUGCACUUCAAACUCCGCGUGAGUCUAUGAAUAGACAUUGUUGGAGCCAUGCUGCUACGUAUGCUUGUGUGGAGAUCGGUUUUGAUCUGGGACUUUUUGCUAUUUUAUCUAAGGAUGAAAAGCCCAAAUCUACUGCCGAGCUGGCCAAGGCCGUAGGCGCUGACCCAGCCUUUCUUGGUCGCAUCCUGAAGCACUUGAGCACAAUGGGAGUCAUCCUUCAGACCGGUCCUGAUGAAUACCGCCGCACCGGAACUACUAUUUCGUUAAGCUGGAAGCUAUGCAUUGAUUCAUACGCUUGCGCGACUAAUUGCCUAACCGCCGGUGUGGUUGCUCUACCUGCCUAUCUUAAACAGGCCGGAUAUGUUAACCCAUCCAACGGCAAGGAUUGUGCUUUCCAGCGCGGAUACCAAACCGAUCUUCAUUUCUUCGAGUAUUUGAAGGAGAACCCAGUGAUUGCUAGCCAGUUCAACAACCAUAUGGCUUUUUACCGCCAAGGACGUCCUAGUUGGAUGGACGCCGGUUUCUACGAUGUCCCUAGCCUGAUCGCUAAUGUUGGACAAGAUGAUGUUCUCCUUGUCGAUAUCGGUGGUGGCCUAGGCCACGACAUCUCCGAGUUUAGACGCAAGUGGCCUGAUGCUCCUGGACGCCUAGUGCUACAAGAUACUCCCGAGCUGACUGCUCAAUCUAAGAAAAAGCAACUACACCCGUCUAUUGAGCCGAUGGUGCAUGACUUCUUCACUGAGCAGCCUAUCAAGGGCGCUCGCGCUUACUAUUUCCACACUGUUAUCCACGACUGGUCAGAUGAUAAUGCCCGCAAGAUGCUGAAGGCUAUCGCGGAUGCCAUGAAGCCCGGAUUUAGCAAGGUGCUAAUUAACGACCAAGUUGUCACUGCUACCGACGCAUACUGGGAGACAACCAGCAUGGAUCUUCUCAUGAUGGCCGAUUUCGCUACUACUGAGCGGACUGAAGCCGAGUGGCACAGACUGGUGGAAUCUGCUGGACUGAAGAUCAAGAAGAUUUGGAAUGUCCACAGAGGAAUUGAGAGUCUUAUUGAGUGUGAAUUGGCAUAG